AUGGCUGCCUAGUUGUCACAACAGUAGCAGGGAAUAUGUGAAGUCGACAAUUUAAUAAUUACGAAAUGGCAGUAACUGAUUCUUGUCCAGCUUUUUCAGCGUUUGAAAAACAGUUGAAGACAUUGUGUUUGAAAGAAUUUCCCUGUGGAUUAGGCUCAUGGAGAAGGUCUCAACAUAAGACCAACUCAUUGCCGAGGAAGAAAACAUUGUCCAAAAGAGGCUUUAAUCCAGCAUAUGUUUCCUCUGAUAAAGUUGAUUCACAGUUUGCCACAACAUUGAAAGAUUAUGGCACCAAUUAUGAGAAGAUGGAGACUCUACAGGAAUAUGUUGGAUCCAGGUUCUCCCCAUGGCACCUGGACUACAGCUGGUCACAGGAAGCACGUGAACUUCGUGAAAUUGCUGUGAAAUCUCCCUGGCUGAUAGAUGAUAACUUCGUCCUCAACUACUUCAAGACACUUCGAAUUGUGGACAAAAAUGUCACAGAGGUUGAUGAAGAUUUAUUAAUGUUCAAGAAUCUGGAAGAGUUAACUUUAAGUGCAAAUCAUAUCAAGAACAUCAGUUCCAAGAACCUCCCAGAGUCGCUGAAGGUGUUGGAGCUGUGUGCCAAUGAAAUCAGUGACAUAUCUGCACUGUGCAUCGACCCUCCUCUCCUGAAUCACCUGGGACUGGGACACAACAACAUAGCCUUUACAGGGGACUACAUCACUGGAGAUUACUGGCCAUGUCUUCUAUCACUGGACCUCAGCCACAAUAACCUCAGUGACCUGCUGGAUGUUGUUCGGAAACUGAGCACUCUACCCAAGCUCCGCAAUCUGAUCUUACUCGGCAAUCCACUGUCGUUGAUACCCGGUUACCGUGGUUACACAAUCGACUCGCUAAGGAAGUUAAGCAUCCUGGAUGAUGUCAGGAUAUCAGCAGAUGAGAAGCAUCAUUUCAAGGGCUUGGCGAGACGGAGAGAGUAUGUACUAGAUGAAGCUAAGCUGACCAUAGAAGUGUCCCAGAUGACCGGUGUACCUGUACCAGAAGAACUUAAGAACCCAGAGGAGCAGCCCGAGUUCCCUAUCGUAGAGAGAACGUACUAUGUGGAAUUCAUGUUCUUGGAGGAUUCUGGCACCAAGGCGGAGGUGUUGCAUGUCCCAGACGAUGUCACGGAGAUGCCCCUCCUGCCAGGGACGGAGGGACGGCAGCUGGGAGCCUCCCCUGACUUGUCUGACCUUGGUGUUGGGUCACAAGGUGAAAGGUCAAACAGCCAGCAGGAAAAGAGUGUCUGCUUCACCAGUAAACCGGACCUUGAGACAGUGCAAGAAUUGGCAGAGGUCCCUUUGUCUGUACUUGGGGGAGAAUCCUUGGCGGAUGACUUCAUUGAGGACGACACGGCACGGAUCGAGCCAGUCCAGCGCCAGAUGAAACUCGGUCCACUGAGAACAGGAGGUCUGCCUUGGGCUGAGGAGAUGGAGGUGAACUGGUCAAGCACUCAGGUCAGGGAUGACCUGCACAAUCUGAGGGACUUCUUCAGCAAGGGCAUGGACUUCUCGGUGGUGGAGCAAGUGGUUCUGUGCUAUCCUCUGGAGGAAGAGGAAGGGGACAGGGCCAGUGUGGCCGGGUCAGUUAAGAAGGGCAAAGACGACAAGAAUGCCAAGGCAGAUAAAAAGGGCAAGCCUGAGCCCAAGAAAGAGGAUAAAAAGAAGAAAAAGAAAGAGCCUGAGGUUGAGCUGAGGCGGACAGAACCUCAGCUGACCACUCUAGCUACGUUCCAUGUCCAGCUGGACGACUUCCUGGAGGGGGACUUCGAGGUGAUGUCAGUGUUCUCCCACGGGGGCGUGGAGACGGCAGCGUCAACAGUCUGCACCGAGUCACCUGAACUUGGUAGAAAGGAGAGUAAGAAGGACAAGGAUCUGAAGGACAAGAAGGCUACAAAAUCGUCCUCAGCUAUCAAGAAAGACAAAGGGAAAGAUGCAGGGAAAGCAGGGGGCAAGGUCAAAGAUGCUGAUAAGAAAGAUGGUGGCAAGAAGGGCAAGGUCACAGCACCCACACCAACAGCAGAGGAGGGAGAGGAUGUGCCCCCUCCUCCCCUAGAGGUGCAUGUGUCUGUGAAGCUGCAUCACUGGAAGACGGCUAUGGACUCACUGAAGGAAGAGGAGGAUCAGAGAGACAAGGAACAGGACUAGACCAACAUGGCCGACACAUCCAGGCACAUUUUGUACAACUUCACCUUGUCCAUUUUCUUUUGUAACUGAAGAUGGGGAAAGUAUGGCCAUUAUUUUUUGACAAAUUAAAGAUUUAUUUGCCAUGUCCUUUUGUAAAACCCACUUUGAGUUUGAAAGCUUCGGGACACUUUGUAACAAGUGAUAAUGUUUAAUGCAAAAGAUGUCUUAAAGCGUGUCUUUGUGUAUGAUAAUUGUAUAAAUAUUAAUAUGUACAGAGUUUAUCAAUGCGCUACCUAUGACUGUCAGCAUCCUGUUUCAUGAAGAUGAUGAAAUAUGUCAGAUAAUAUUCACUUAGCAUAUUAUGAUAAUCACUUUUGUGUACAGUGGAAAGAUAAACAAAUCUCUAUUCAAAUGAAAGUGGUAUAUUUUUACAGAUACCUGUAACAUAAUAUUAUUUUGAGAAAGUGUCUUGUAAAUAUCUGUGUACAUAAAGUUGAUCAUGUAUAGAUCUUCACAUGCAUGUGAAAAUGCUGUGGUAGUGAAUGUUAUGAACUGAACAAUACAUCAUGUAUAUUUGACAAAGUGACGAACCUGUGAUAACAAUGUCAACAGUAAUCUGAAAUAUGUUCAGAAGACAUUGGUCAGUUGUGUCAUAUUAUUUUGUAUGUAUUUAUGGAAAUAUUUUAGGACAAGUAUCUGUUAAAUUCAGUAACUUUCUUUCUAUACAGAUGGCAACCAACAGUUUUUCCACAGGGAUUAUCAGUUGGUUCUUGUUUGGAAAGUAUGAAAUGUUGUCAUGAGCUUUGGGAAGUUUUUGUUAAGAUUAGGUGGAUUAGCUUAAAUCAUCUCAUUGUUAAUACCAUUAUGACCAAUUUGAAAACAAAAAAUGCUUUAAAAAGUAAAUGCCAAAAUAUCAAAACUGUUUUCCUGUGUUUAUUGUAAGUAAUGUCUUUUGAAUGUGUACACUUACAGAAAGACUUUAUGACAACUAAGGUGUGAUGUCUUGAUUUGAUGAAUAUGAAGAUAUUACGAAUAAAACAUGCAAUAACCUAU